UAAACGUAUAGCCAGUCAGCCUGUGACAUGUUUGGUCAGACUUAUUUUAUUCAAUUUUAGGCAAGUUUGGUCUCUAUUUUACAAACAUUUGUGAUGGCUUGGACAAACGAUGUGGCGCUGGAAUUCUUGGAUCAUUAUAGAAUAGAACCGCUUUUAUGGGACCCCAAGCAUCCCUUGCAUCGAAACAGAUGCGAAGUAAAUGAAGCAUGGCGUCGAAUACAAAGCAAUUUAAGCAUAAAUUCAUCUAUAGUAGAUCUAAAGAGGAAGAAAGAGUCUUUAAUGACAUCAUUUAGAUUUCACUAUAACAGGAAAAAGAAGUGCCCUGGAGAAUAUCGAACGACGUGGUUCGCGUAUUCAUUUAUGGAAAGUUUUCUUGGCGGGAAAUAUGAAUGUGAUAGUACAAAUGAAAAUGAUCAUGAGUAUUAUUCGAGUAAUAAUGUGUGUUACAAUUCUCAGGACCCCAUCGCUAAUACAAGCCCAAAUACGACGGUUGACCGACAAAGUUCCAACAGACGAAUAAACAGGUCAUCAUGUUCAAAAUCUCAAACAAAUAACUCUGAAUAUGUUUACUCGAAAAGACAACUAGACAGCGUUAACUAUGUUAAGGAGGAAAAAUGUAAAACUGAUACGGAUGAAUACGAAUUAUAUGGACAACUUUUAGCAAAGAAAUUAAGGAAACUGGACGAACAUCAACGUGAUGUGGCAAUGCAUGAGAUUGACAAUAUUAUGUUUAAUGCUAAAAUGCAAAGCGGACCAACACAAAACAGAAGCUUCUCAACAUCCCCUUCCCCCGUGCCGAGGAAAAUAAAAUCUCCAGUGUUUAUAAUCACCCAACAAAAUCAUGAGCAGUUUGAGGACGAAAAUAUAACAUAUCAAGAGCAGCAACCAUCCUAAUUAACUUUACUUAAUUCGUUGCUGAUAGUAACGUCUUGAAAAUAAGCUUUUACCCUUAAAUUCCAAGGGUGGAUGAGGAAGAUAAAAUAAAAGAUUAACUGGUCAUAAAAUAUAUUAGGGACCACAGACUUCGAACUCAAAAUAUUGAGCCAUCCGAAAUAUUUUCGUUUUUUCUUAUCACUGUUACAUAAAUAUAUUUUUAUAUCUAAUAUAUUUAAUCUCUAGUUUA